AUUUUCAUCCUGGUUGAAAAAUAUUUUACAGGUUGGCCUUUAUGUGUGUUGCCAUGACCCAUCUGUCUGCAAGGACAUGUCUAUUUCUGCAUGUGCAUAGCACCUAGAAAAUUAAAAACAAGCUAUAUCAAAACUAACACGAGAUUUAUAAGAGGGAGAUCAAGCACUAUAAACUGAAAGGUAAAUUCAGUUUUAAUAAAAAAUAAAAAAAUAGCUUUCCUUGGGUGCAUUUUCCCUUACGCUUUUAGGCACACUCAAACCUUUUUAUGGUUUGAGUGUUCAAUCGAAUUCAAAAAACAAAUUUUGCAGAAAUAUGGGGACAACUAAUAGGUUCCAGAGAUAUAGUUAUCUCAGAUUUUAUAUCCUGCAAGUUUUGACCCUUUUAAAUAAUCAUAUUUUUACCGUACUGGCAGUGCAAAAAGGAGCAGGUUUUAAGACACCUUCAAACUUUUAAGUCAGGUGGCACAAGCUGCCUCCCAAUAACAGGCACGCAGGCAUUUCCUCAUCCAUUCGUCAUUGUUGUUUCGAAAUGGCCAAAUUCUUGAUGUGUCUAGUGUGCGUCAUUCUCACAGCUUUCACAUUAGCUUGAUAUGCUUGGACGAUGUGUUCGCUUUGUUCAUUACUGUCAUUGUUCAUUCGUUUGGUUCCUAGCAUCUCAAGUGGUCCUGUGCGUUCCUCCGUGAUCUUGCGAGACUCCUCACGAACCUGACCUUGGCCAGCAAUUUCAAUGGAACCGGUUCAAUCCUCAAGUCGGGCAUCUCACGUGGUCCUGUGCAUCCCUCCGUGAUCUUAUGAGACUCCUAACGAACCUGACCUUGGACAGCAAUUUCAAUGGAACCGGUUCAGUCCUCAAGUCGUGGUGAGGGAGCUGCACUUUUGGGAGAGAUCAGCUGCCCACUAAAAGCCACCGAGGACAUCUGGUUCGAAUGCUGUUUCUGCACCUAUGUCACCAGAGAGCAUCGUGGGAUUGUGAGCCACCUGGUUGCUCAUGCUGAUGAACAGUUGAAGUUCCAGCGUCCCCCUGCAGCAUCUGGCUCCACAUUCCAGGUGCCAAGCAACACUCAAAAGCACAAGAGUGAAAAGUUGUUUAAGUGCAAGCUGUGUCCCCAAGCCUUUUCUCACAUUUCCAUGCUGACCAGGCAUUAUGGAACACACCCUCGUGAAAAACCUUAUAACUGCCAGCUGUGCCCCCAAGCCUUUGCUGACAACAGCAGUCUGUCGCAUCACAGUAAAACAAACAUAGUUGAAAAGCCAUUUAAGUGCAAGCUUUGCCCAAAAUCAUUUGCUCUGAAUUCAUCCCUGAGAAAGCAUAAGUUCUUAACACAUGCUGGUGAGAAGCCAUUUAAGUGCAAGCUUUGCUCAAAAGCCUAUGCUAGCAUUACUAAUCUCAGAAGGCAUAAUAUAACACACUCUCUUGAAAAGCCUUUUAAGUGCCAGCUGUGCCCCCAAGCCUUUGCUGAUGAUAGCAGUCUGUCUCAUCACAGUAAAACACACAUAGUUGAAACACCGUUUAAGUGCAAGCUUUGCCCAAAAUCAUUUGCGCUGAAUUCAUCUCUGAGAAAGCAUAACUUAACACACGCUGGUGAGAAGCCAUUUAAGUGCAAGCUUUGCCCAAAAGCCUUUGCUCGGAAUGCAUAUCUAAAAGCCCAUAAUCGAACACAACAUUGAUGAAAAGCCAUUUCGGUGCAAGCUGUGCCCCUGUGCCUUUGCCCACAAGAACUGUCUGCUCUGCCACAUCCGAACACACACAGGAUAAGCUGUUCAAGUGCAAGCUUUGCCCUCGAGGGUUUGCUCAUAAUUUCCGUUUGAUUGCCCAUAAUCACACACACACUGGUGAAAAGCCUUACAAGUGCAAGCAGUGCCCCCCAGCCUUUGCUCGCAGUUUCAGUCUGCUCCACCACAAUAAAAAUACGUGGUAAAAAAAAACAUAUAAGUGCAAGCUAUGGCCUCAAGCCUUCCUGGGACAAUUCAUCUGUCGAAUCAUUAUCGAACAAUCACUGGUGAAAAGCCAUUUAAGUGCAAGUUUACCCCAAAGAGUGCUGAUAAUUCCCUUUUGACCCUCUAUAAUCAAGGGCACACAGGAAUAAAACCUUGUAAAUGCAAGCUGUGUCUGCAUGCCUUUGCUAAGAAUUUUCUAUACUGACCAGGCGUAAUUGAACACAGAGGAGAAAAGCCCUUCCAGUGUAAGUUGCGAUUCCAGUCUUUAUUUGGGAAUCUCAUCUGAGAGACCGUAAUCAAAGACACAGGUAAAAAGGCAUUUCAGAUUCACCAGAAUCAAACACAGUGGCAAAAAACCUUGUAAAUGCAACUGUGCCCCCAAGCCUCUGUUCAGAAUAGAUAUCCGAGUGACUACAGUCAAACAAAGGAAGGUGAUAAGUCAUACAAGUGCAAACUCUUUUCCCAAACGUUUGUGCAGUUCCCAUUUGAGCCACCGUAAUUGAAUACAAGGUGAAAAACCUUUAAGUGCAAGUUUUGAUGCUGAGCCUUUGUACAGAAUUCACAUCUGAGAGGCCAUAAUCAAACACACACUAGUGGUGAAGAUGUUUACAAGUGCAAAGAAUGCGCCAGAAACUGCUUAGAAUAGGAGUCUCAUCCUCCAGAAUCGGAUGCACACGUGCGGAACGCCUAACGGUUAGCCCGUAAGUUAAACCUGCCAUACUUUGGAAUGUGUAUAAUUCUUUCACUUGUACAGAAUUGUAUGCCAUUUUAUUUGAAAUGUAUAUGUGUAGCGGGGCGGUUGCACCAUUGGCGUAACCGCCCCACUAAAUUUAGCAGGAAAUUGAAUUGAUGUCGAGGUCAUGUGAUGUCAAUCUUCCUGCAAAAGUUAGGGGGGAGAAAAUAAUGUCGCGUGACUUUUUGUCACGUCACCCAUGAACAAAUAUUUUUUCCGCUAGAUUUAGCAGGCAAAUUGAUGCCACGUGACCUCAACACCAACCUGAAUUGGUGUUGAGGUCACGUGGCCUCGAUUUUUCUACUAAAAUUAGCAGGAAAAUUGUGAGGGAGGGGAGGGUAUGGGAAGGAGGGCGAGCAGAGGUGGAGGAGGGGGCAUAUUUUCCCCUCCUCCUCCUCAAGAGCUGCACUCUACUUUUGCAUUACACAGAGUUGUGAACGUCUUUUAAUUUUUGGCAUUGCUCUUGAGCCUCGUGCAAACGCCACUACUUGUCAUCAUACUAAGGCAUUAGGGAGUAGAGAAUGAUUUCUUGCCAGCAGUGAUCAAGAGGCAGGUCUUCGUAAUGGUAAACAUUGUUUCACUUUUUUAGAGCAGCUAACUCUCUUUGUUUUGCGUAAUGAUGCACACUGGGCCAUGUUUUUGCUGUUACUCCGAGAUUAUUUGCACUUCUCUAAAUUGUCGGUCAAAGGUGCGGUCUAGCAUGUUUGUAAAAAUGUUUUCAUUGGUUUCUUUUUUUUUAUAUUUCUUUUUAUAUGUGUUGAAGAUGCGAGCGUGAAGAACGCAAGUGUAUGACCAGAACUUUUUGCUUUUGUAAGAAUUUGCAGUUUCAAUUUUGACCCUUGAUUUUUCAUCUCGCACAUUUUACUACUAAGCAAAUUUUUAAAAAAAUUUUAUUUUGAUAUUCUGUAUCAUGUUAAAACCUCAUUUUAGCGAUCAAAACAGGACAAAAAAAUAUGUAUAUGACACAGACAGGUGCCAACUUCCAGCUGAUUUAAUGAAACACUAAUCAUCGUCAAACUGUCGAUCCCAAUCACCUAAACGUAUACUGAUAGAUAACUUAUCCGUGUCGUAUGUGUGUCUUUUUUCGUCCUGUUUUUGUUUGCGGCUUUUAAACGAUAUGUACCAACUAGCCCAAACCAAAUUUUUAUUGCAUGUCAUUUUAGCAUUUAUCUUCAUGGAGGACUGAUUGCGAAUUGUGCACGUGCACCGCAGUGCUCUCUGCUGCUGAUUGGGACAUCGCUAGUUGAAUCCCCGCAAUGCCCGUCAGGUGGUGCUAUAAAUCGACUUUGUACAAGUUUUUGAUGCUGUGUAAUGCCCCUUCAAGACUGCGCUGGCAAAAGCUAUAUAGGAUUUGGAACUAAUUGUGUCCAUACUCAAUGUCUUUUUGUCUUUCCCUGCACUGGCAUCUGUGUAACGUAUUUAUAUGACACCUGCUUUGAGAUUAUCACUCUCUCAACUGCUUGGGUGGUUACACUAUUUUGUUGCUUUGAUAGUGUCCUUUGAAGUGUUGAUCAAUGCAUGCUUAUAUUUGCAUUGUGUAAUCCAUCUGUUAACAUAUCUUAAAUCAUUGCUGUCUAUUUUUUUUUUUUUACUCUUAUCUGGUUUGUUUUGAGCAAAAUCUACAGAUGAUAAUUAUGUAAACAGACUUCUGUUUUGUUGUUUCUCAUAAAUAAAGGUUUACACUUAGCUCUCUAGAAGGUU